UUGUUUGUGGAUUCUCUUUCCAUAAAGGAAAUCUACUUUUCUUGAUCUUUUUUGCCUUUCAUCAUCUUUUCUUUUUUUUCAUUCAUCUCUUCUUAGUUGUUAUACAUAGACAUAGUAGUGUCUUACUGUCUUUAUCUAUCCCUGUACUAUAUUAAUUUAGGAUGCUUUCAGAUAUUAAGGUCGGUGUGUGUAGAAAGCUCAAAAGUGGUGAUUCAGAUUCUAGACUAUAUUUCCAUUUAUGCCCCAAUCUGUCUGUAUAAAUGUAGGAUUAGCCAGGCUUAGCUUUGUCAAUAUUAUUGUGGUAACAAACAAGGUGAUAUUAAAAAUGAAUCCGAUUGAUGAAGAUGUUGGGGGCUCAGGUAAGUUACCAAAGAUAUUAGUUACACAAUAACAACGCCAAAGCCUUAGCUUAAUUCCGGGUUAUAAUAGUUGUUGUACAUGCUUAAGAAAAUUUAGUAGUUUGUUGUCAAGUGCUUAGUGUACUAGUCUUUGUCUGCAAAAUUUCUGAACUUAAAUUGUUCUUGUGCUUUACACGGUGUUCGGAUAAAGAGAAAUGGAAGGAAAUAAAGAAGAGGGAGUUGAAAGGAUGGAGGAUUUCUUAUUUGGAUAACAAAAAGCGAGGAGGGAUUUGGAGGGAAGGGGUUUGGAGGAAAAAUAUUGACAAAUUUUGUUAAAAAUACAAUCUUUUAUAAAGCGAAAAAUUUUAGAGGAAAAACGAUCAUUUUCCUUCAUUUUCCCUUAUCUUCCCCCUUCUAACCAAACAAGUGCACUCUCCCUCCUCAACCCUCCCCUUCCUUUCCUUCCCUUUCCCUUCCCAAUUUCUUUCGAGUACUAAUUUACUAUCCAAACAUAGUGUUAGAGCUUUUACAUGUAACGAGGGAGGGGGUCGGUCUGUUGUAUUGUGUAAGAUCAGUAGCAACAAGUGAAUUUUAAGUCUGCUGUUGGAAUAUGUUAUCCUGUGCAGUCGCGCUGGAUAAAUGAUCUAUAUUAGAGUUGAAACAAAGGUAGUGAAGAUGCAACAGCUAGUCAAAUGACAACAGUUUUGGAGUUUGGAGAAACUCAUGUUGUCAGGCCUAAGGGAAAACACCAGGCUACUAUAGUCUGGUUGCAUGGAAUGGGUGACAAAGGCUUGAGCUGGUCGCAACUCUUUGACACACUCCCCCUUCCAAAUAUUAAAUGGAUUUUCCCUACUGCUCCUACUCGUCCAGUUGCACUUCUUGGUGGAUUUUUUUGCACCGCAUGGUUUGAUGCAGAAGAUAUAUCAGAAAAUGCUCCUGUUAAUAUGGAGAGUUUAGAUGCUUCAGCCACACACAUUGCCAACCUUUUGUCCAGUGAGCCCUCUGACGUUAAGCUUGGUAUUGGGGGUUUCAACAUGGGUGCUGCUACCGCCUUGUAUUCUGUGAUAUGCCAAGUAAUAGGGCGAUACAGCAACGGAAACGCUUAUCCUAUUAAUCUGAGCAUUGCUGUGGGACUGAGUGGAUGGCUUCCAUGUUCAAGCUUACUGAGAACAUGGAUGGAGGAAUCUGACGAAUCUGAGCAGCGUGCUGCGUCUGUGCCCAUUUUACUUUGUCAUGGAUCAGCUGAUGAAGUGGUAGCAUUCGAACACGGAGAGAAAGCUGUGGAGGCUCUUACUUCACUCGGAUUCCAGAAUAUUACUUUCAAGAGCUAUGAAGGGCUAGGUCAUUACACAAUUCCUGAAGAAACUGAACAAGUUUGCAAAUGGUUAACCUCGGUAUUGGAUCUUGAAGGGACCCCUUCAGAUUCUUAAGAUAUUGAACUUCGUGGACGUGACAGUAAGGUGAAGAAAGCAAGAAAAGGAGCAAUAUGUUCAAUUGCUACACAUAGAUGCAUGGCAGUUUAAGACAUUUUUAGUGUGCAUAAGGAAUGAUUCUAUAAACUAUAGUCUUUGUAUCAGCUACUAUUAGAUGACUAAUAAAUAGUUUCACCAUCUGUCUUACAUAUUGCUUGCUCUCCAGUUUUGCUUUGCAAAUCUUAUGCCUAUUUUACCAUCAAUGUAUAAUGUAAAGAUUAACUGAACUACACUCAAAAGAGCCGAAACAAACCAUAAUAUCAUAUUCAAAUUUAAGUAUCGAGUUUUCUUUUGAUACAUGUUCAUUACUAUAACAACAACAAUAUUUCAUUACUCCAAUUCCAAUAAGUGGCUUCCUAGGGU